GUUGGCCCGAGCGCACCUUCCUCACCAUAGAGAUGACAGGGUCCGCGCGGGCCGCAGAGCCUGCUGGGAAAGCGGCGGCGUGCGUGGGCAUCGCCGCUUAGCCGGCUGGUAGCGGCAGCCGCCUGGCGAGCCGGCGCCAUGGCGGGCGGGGGCAGCGCCGGGGAGUGGUGCCUCAUGGAGAGCGACCCGGGCGUCUUCACGGAGCUCAUCAAAGGCUUUGGUUGCAGAGGAGCACAAGUUGAAGAAAUAUGGAGUUUGGAGCCUGAGAACUUUGAAAAAUUGAGACCAGUACAUGGGCUGAUCUUCCUUUUCAAGUGGCAGCCAGGAGAAGAACCAGCAGGCUCUGUUGUUCAGGAUUCCAGAUUGGAUACAAUAUUUUUUGCUAAGCAGGUUAUAAAUAAUGCUUGUGCUACUCAAGCCAUAGUAAGUGUGCUAUUAAACUGUACCCAUCAAGAUAUCCAUCUGGGAGAGACACUAUCAGAAUUUAAAGAAUUUUCACAAAGUUUUGAUGCAGCGAUGAAGGGUUUGGCACUAAGCAACUCUGAAGUGAUUCGGCAGGUUCACAACAGUUUCGCCAGACAACAGAUGUUUGAGUUCGAUGCAAAGUCUUCAGCAAAAGAAGAAGAUGCAUUUCACUUCGUAAGCUAUGUUCCUGUUAGCGGAAGGUUGUAUGAGCUAGAUGGACUUAGGGAAGGGCCAAUUGAUUUAGGUGCAUGCAAUCAAGAUGACUGGAUCAGUGCUGUAAGACCUGUCAUAGAGAAACGAAUACAAAAAUAUAGUGAAGGUGAGAUAAGGUUUAACCUAAUGGCCAUUGUGUCGGACAGAAAAAUGAUAUAUGAACAGAAGAUAGCAGAAUUACAGCGGCAACUUGCAGAGGAGGAGCCCAUGGAUACAGACCAGAGUAGUAAUAUGCUGAGUUCUGUUCAGUCAGAAGUUGCAAAAUACCAGAUGCUAAUUGAUGAAGAGAACCAAAAGUUAAAACGAUACAAGAUUGAAAAUAUUAGAAGAAAACAUAAUUACUUGCCUUUCAUCAUGGAAUUGUUAAAGACUUUAGCAGAACACCAGCAGUUAAUACCACUAGUAGAGAAGGCAAAAGAAAAACAGAAUGCCAAGAAAGCUCAGGAGGCCAAGUGAAGAUAAUUUUGGAAAAAUACAUAAAACAAUGUGCUUAUACUGUUUUCAGGACAACAAAUAAGACUGCGAGGCUUUUCAUAAACUUCAAAUAUGUCCAGCGCACGUUUGACAGUUGUAACAGUUUGUCUUGUACUGUAUUCAUGGGUCUAUAAAUACUUAUUCCCUUGCAUCAUGUGCAUGUGUAUCUACUAAAUAAUGUCUAUAUUUCUUGAUCAAACUUCAUUAUUUGACAGUUGCAUCUGAUUUCUCAUGGCUUCUUGGGAAAUAGAACUGCCAGUGUUAUAGACCUAAAAAUGUGCAAAAUAAUGUAUUCAUACCUUCUAAUUUUUUUUAACAAAAUAUUUUCAAUAUCUUGUCCCAUGGUAAGGACUUGAAUAUAUAAUGAGACAGAGAGUGUCAGCAAUUCAAAAUAACGGUUGAGCUUUCUCUGCUCAUCACCACUAACAGUUAUAAUAGCCUCUGUCUGUUCAGCGACUUCCCCUGUGUUUUUGGUUUUUAUGAACAUUGUCUGAUUUUUUUUCUUUUUUUAUAGAGUUGAAAAUUAUGAAUUAAGCUGUGGAAACAUUUGCAAAGACCAAUGUAUAAUCUCAAAAGAUCUGCAUUGCUUUAGUAGAAAAGAUAAUAAAUAUUCCCAUUUUUAUUUUGGCAAACUUUC